AUGUUCUACUUCCACUGUCCUCCGCAAUUGGAUGCUGAGUGCUGUCGCUCCAACACACUGAAUUCGAGCACUUUUUCCAACCACGCCCCAGCUGACUUCGACGAUGGCUUCUUGCGGAGGAAACAGCGGAGGAACAGGACCACGUUCACGCUGCAACAGCUGGAAGCCUUGGAGGCGGUGUUCGCGCAGACUCACUACCCGGACGUGUUCACGCGCGAGGAGCUGGCCAUGAAGAUCAACUUGACAGAGGCCAGGGUUCAGGUUUGGUUUCAGAACCGCAGGGCCAAGUGGAGGAAGACAGAGCGAGGCAGCACAGACUCAGAAGGAGGAAAAGAGCAGAUGAGCGAGGGCGCUCCUCCGGUGCGCAGCAUCAACUCUCAGUUGCCCGUGGAGCCCAGCAGGAAACACAAAGAACCGCUGGACAUGCAGCAGAGUAUGAACAGGCCAGUGGGGCCCGGUGGUCCCUUCUUCCCAUCGUGUCUACCGGGGACCCUCCUCAACUCGGCCACCUAUGCUCAGGCCCUCUCUCAGGUGGCCACUUUGAAAGGUAACGCUUUGUGUUCCUGCUGCGUUUCGGACCCCAUGGGCUUGUCUUUCCUGCCCCCCUACGGUUGCCAGGGCAACCGCACAGCCAGCGUGGCCGCCCUACGCAUGAAGGCCCGCGAGCACUCUGAGGCCGUUCUGCAGUCGGCCAACCUGCUCGGCGCCGCCGCCUCGUCCGGGCCCGGGGUCGUGACCGGGGGGGGCAUGGCGAGGCCCCCCACGGGCGCUCCGGUGCAAGCGGAAGUGACCGGGACAAGAGCCGGGGACGCCUCCAGCCCCAACCUGACCUCCAAGGUGCUGGGGGGCACCCCUGACAAGCACCCGCACUGCUCCAACAAGGAAGCCGUGGAGAAGAAGUGA